AUGGCGGUAGGUAUACUAAAAGAGGAGGACACGAGCUUAGAUGACUUAAAUAGUUCGGCUCGGCCGGAGUGGUACCACGGCCUCACAAAAAACCAGCCUGAAACAACCACAGCGUUGUGUUUCGCCGUACAUCUGACCUGUUUAACGCCUGCUGGUCGUCAACGAGCGUACGGAUUACCUGAUGGUAAGCAAUUGGCGCCGCCCAUGUGCAUCCACAACACCAAAGGAGUUACGUUUUGGGGAUAUCAAGAGACUGUGAUUGUUUCACGCCGGUUUUUUGUGAGGCCGCGGUAUCAAUCCAGUCGAGCCGACCCAUUUGUGCCCAAGUAUGAGUGCCAAGAUGUGGCAGUGGUGGUGAAGUGUGAGAGAGCAAAGCUUCUGCACGAAUGGGUUGACUCGACCGGAGGCACCAUGGCCAUCAUGACCAUGGUUUCAUAG